CCUUACCUACUAUUUCUACUCAAAUCUGAAUUCGAAUUGGUUUUUGUGAAACGAAACAGUGAAACAAAACAGUCGGUUUGGUGUGCUCACUCUGCGCGUGUAUCGUUGGUAUCGUCGUGUCGUCGUAGUCGUCAUCGUGUAUCUCUGAUGGACAUACACCGUUCAUAUACACUGUCACAAUAGCUAAAUGACAGCACCAUACGUACGAACGCAGACGUAUAGUUAGACAUAUCCAUACACACAAGAGUAUUUUUACUUCUACAAUCGUGCCAGUCUGCACCAUGUCAGUGUCAAAAAGAUUUUUUAGUCGACAACAGUCCGUUUCAACGUAAUCAUGUCGAGAUUUUAUGUUGAUGACAAGAAUAAAAAUAAAAACAAAAACAACUACAACAAGAAUUCUAGUUACAGUGUCAGUGGCAGUUGCAACAACAAUUUUUCGAAACGAAUAAUUUUUGAAAAUCCAUAAAUUAAGUUUUUCAAAAAAAAUACGGUGAUUAUGUGAUAAAUAAAACAAAAUAUAAAAUAUCUGACACAAACCUGCAAAGAUAAACGGUUUUUUUUGAGAACAAAAUAAUAGUAAUAUAAAAACAAAACAGUGCAAUCUCUAGUCAAAUAACGAAAUAUUUAAAAAAAUAAAUAUAAAUCUUAGUAAACAAGGAUACUUUGUGUGACAAUCUCAAGGAUCAAAUCUGUCAGUGAUAACAGUAUACGAAACAUACACAAGUGACUUCUAUUCCAAUAAGGCGAAUCUUUAAGAAGACUUUAAGAAGAAACAAAUUCCAUUCUACAAAUAUUUUUUCUGUGAUUUUUCUUUAAUAAAUAAAAUAAAAGUUUAAAUUUAAAUAAAAAUAAAAAAUAAAAAAAAAACAUAAAUCAAUCUCGGGACUUUUUUGAGGUUUAUUAAUAUUUUUUGUUUUUUAAUAUUUAUCUGAGGAAAAUACUUUCAAACCAAAUUAUCCUCCCGUUUGCCUCCCACACAAAACAUCAAAUACCCAUCUUAAUAUUUUUCACUCACUCGAUGCUUGAUGUUGGGCCCUCACUUCUCACCAGCACACCACACACAUAGUAUUUUGUGUUGUGAUUUAUUUAGUGUAACAAUUAACGCCCUCUGUUGAUUUGUUUUGUUGUCACCGCCAAAAAUAAUCCCAAAAGAAUUAAUUGAUAUUAUGUAUCUUCUUUUGGAUCGACAAACAAAAUAAAUAUACAACAAAAUAAAAACAGAAACGAACAAAACCAAACAAACAAGUGUGUUUAUUUUUAAGUGCGUGACUGUUAAUCGUUCAGUGUUUACAACAUGCCCUUUGCUAAUUAAUACACUAGUGAAUAAAUAUUCAAGAAAAAAAAACGUUUAAUUUCUUUUUCGAAAUAAAGUUUUUUUUGUUUUAAAUAAAAUUAAUUAAUUUCGCGCCACAUUCUAAAACACAUAAGAAUGAUGCUACACGAGGCUGUUAUGCUGGAGAUUUAUAGGCAGGCGUUGAAUGCAAGUGAGCUUGCCAGCCCACGAUGUCAGUCACGCGAUUCAACAGGAUCAACUGGUGGUGGUCGUUGUCAAUCAGAUGAUUCAAAUUGUUCAGGAAAUGGCAGUAAUACAGCACCGACACCCUCACCAAAUAGUCCACCCGUUGGACUGCCUCUACCGGCUACCCUUCCCCAGUCGGCUGCAGCUGCCCUGCUUCCACCUCAAUCUGCGGCAAUGGCUGCUUACUUAAAUGCUGCUGCAGCUGCAGCUCAACAAAAUCGUAUGCUUUUGAAUAAUCCCUUAGCUGGGUUGCAGUCUGCAUCAUCAGGACAAUCUCCAUCGCCUGGACUACCAACUCCAGAUGAUUCACCAGCUCUGGACUUUAGUACGAAACGAAGCCGUCGGGAUUCCGACGAUGCUGAUAGCGAUGCUAUGAAUUUGUCGAAUAAAUCAGAUGGCGGUGCAGAGACUCCUCCGCCUACGACCGAUGUCAAUUGUCCAUUGGAUUUGAGUGUAACCAGUAGAAAACGCUCAACUGAUGACGACGAACCUCUGAUUCCUAAGAAAAUGUCAAGACCCAACAAUGAUUACAAGAACAUUCCAACAGCUUGGGUGCCACCAAUCAAUCCAUAUCUAGCUGCUGUAGCUGCAGCUGGAAUGUCUCCCAAAGGCGUCUUGCCAAUGGAUUGGAAUGGAAAAAACAAAAUGGUGACGAACGAUGCUACCAAAGCCUUGGAGAAGAUGUCAGAAAUGACUCGGUUAGGUGGUUCUGAUGUUAUGGGUGAUAUGCGAUCACCUGCCCAGCCAAUUGGAAACUCUGGAGCAAGUGCGGGACGACAUAGCGCGUGGCAGUCACACUGGCUUAAUAAAGGUGCUGAUGCAGUCAAGGAUGUCUUCAAAUGCGUUUGGUGCAAGUUGAGCUUCCCCACUCUCGCUAGCCUGACGACUCACAUGAAAGAAACACAGCAUUGUGGUGUAAAUGUUCCUCCAUCCCAGCAGCCUAACCACCACGACCAGCACCAUCGUCAUCCUGUGGUUUCUUCUUCAAAUUCCUCAAACGUAACAAAUUCAUCAUCCUCCUCGAACAGCAAAUCAGAUUUGAAUCUACUGAUCAAAGAAACUAUGCCUCUUCCCAGAAAGCUGGUGCGUGGUCAGGAUGUCUGGCUGGGAAAAGGUGCAGAGCAGACACGUCAGAUUCUAAAAUGUAUGUGGUGUGGACAAAGCUUCCGCUCGCUAGCCGAAAUGACGAAUCACAUGCAACAGACACAGCAUUACACCAAUAUAAUCUCUCAGGAGCAGAUCAUAUCAUGGAAGUCUUCCGACGAAAAAGGAGGUGGAGGAGGUGGAAGUUCCACACCUAAUCCCGGACCGCCUCCGGUAGGGCCUCCACCUUCAAUGGUUGGCCCUCCACAAAGUCCUCAAGGUGGAGGUGGUCCUCCAUCACCAGCGAAUAGUACAGUUUCUGCUGUCCUUACAUGCAAGGUCUGCGAUCAGGCCUUCUCAUCGCUCAAAGAUCUCAGCAAUCACAUGAUCAAGAAUGCCCAUUACAAGGAGCACAUCAUGCGUUCCAUUACUGAAACUGGAGGUCGCCGCAGGCAGACUCGAGAAAAACGAAAGAAAUCUCUUCCGGUGAGAAAGCUUCUUGAGCUAGAACGAGCUGCCGGUCAGCAAGACUACAAGACUAACGAUCAUUUCAAGUCAGUUUCGACGAAGAUAACUUGUGAAAAAUGCGGCGACAAGAUCGAAACGGCCCUCUUCGUCGAUCACAUUAGGCAGUGCGUUGGUGGAGCAAUUGCCAAUGCAUCUCCAAGAAGCAUGAAGAACAGCAUCAUUCCUCCGGACGGUUGUCUUACGAGUCCCCCAACACCAGGAAGUCGUGAUGGCCUGAAGAGUACUUCCCCAGCUUCGACAUCCUCGACUCACAGACAUAUCUCACCCCAUUUGCCAUCACCUACUCCAAAGGACCUAAGUGAGAAGACUUCUUCGUCACCAUCGGUCUUAAAUGCCAUCGAGCAGUUAAUCGAAAAGAGCUUCGACACAAGAUCAUCUCGUCAUGGUGCCACAUCCUAUAACCAAAAUAACUCCGGUACUCCACUGGGAGCGAGUAUUCUCAAAAGGCUGGGAAUUGACGAAACAGUUGACUACACGAAGCCACUAAUCGAUGCCCAGACUAUGGGUUUGCUGAGAUCAUAUCACCAGCAUCAACAAUCGCAAUAUGGCGGACGACGUGAGAGAAGUGGCUCCGAGUCAAGUUCAAUAUCCGAACGCGGCAGCAGUCGCAUGGAGUCGCUCACACCCGAGAGGAAGCCAAUCCUACCUCCUUCACCACCACGUCAAACCCCGGAUAAGAUUCUUCGAUCACCCAAUCCAGAUGGAGAUGAGAAAGAGUUCAGGGUGAAGACCGAACCAAACGACGAAGAGGAACGAGAAGAAGAGCCCGAACGACAUUCCAAGAUCUCGGUGAGGAAGGAGUUCAACAUAGAACGACCGCCUCCAGAAACCGGAGGUGAACUGGAUCUUCGCAAAAAUCGCACGCCCAGCAGUUCGGCCGCACCAAGUCCUGUUCCUACCAGUCCAUCGUCCAGUGAUCGCUCAUCAGCUGGAUGCACAGAAAAGAAGCUUCCAGGCAGUAGUUUGACAGCCCUCUCAUCGAUGUUUGACAGCUUAAAUUCCCAUGUAGCAACAUCGUCAGCCAAUGACAUUCCGUCGGCAGCGGGAAAGAAAGCCUCCUCCGCAAAUCCCUUGGCAGCACUUCAAAAACUCUGCGAGAAGACGGAAAAUCCUCCUUCGACCAGUACUCGUCUAAAUUCAACAAAUUCCAACCACCAUCCAAACGGCGGUGGUAGUUUGACAAAUUCCGGCACACCCAGUGGAAUGGUGGCUUUCAGUUGGGCUUGCAAUGACGCUGUCAUCACAUCCGACUCCGUUAUCAAAUGCGCUUUCUGUGAUACACCAUUUUGUUCAAAAGGCGCCUACCGCCAUCAUCUGUCAAAGGUGCACUUCGUCAAAGACGACGCCAGCAUGGAACCUCUUCUCCAAUCCAGCAAAGCUCACAUGAGUGGUUCGUCAUCGUCAACAUCAUCGUCGGCAGUAUCGUCUGCGGCACCACCAUCACCAAAGUCUAGGAGUCCGGCUUCAGCAACAGCACCACCAUCACUUCCCCCACCACCGCCAACAGCUCAAUCACCGGCGGCAUCUGCAGCCGACGAGAGUGUCCAGUCCAAGUUCCUCAAAUACACCGAAUUGGCCAAGCAAUUGUCAUCCAAAUACGUCUGACAGUCAAAAGGUAAAUAUGACGCAUACCGCCAUAACUAAGAACAGGCUUGUAGACAAGGCAAUCCCCCUUGAUCUUUUUCCGCCCGCCAUUUAAAUUCGAUUGACACUCAUGUCAAAUCAAAUGCGACAGACAAAAUACAAAUUAAAAAAAAAAAAAACAAGAUUGCAUGCUAAAAAUAAAGAGUGCACUGUGCAUUUUGUUUCCUUCUCCUCUUUGCUCAUCGAUUUGUCAUUAAAAACAAAACAACUUAAAUUGAUAUCAAAACGUGGGCAACCAAAAGAAAAACAAAGAGAACCACACAAAAAUAAAACACCAUCAUUAUUCUCCCACUCCUGUCUUAUUCCUUCGCAUUGUCAGGUUUAAUGUUAUUUUUGUGUUAUCUAUAGUGUCACUUCGCUCAUUCCAGUCCAAUGGAAAGCGAAAUGCAAUUGGCGAGAAAUCUAAGAGCAGAAAAGGAGGGCGGUCGGAUUCCUUUGGUUUUUUUUGCUUGCAUUUUUGUUUUGUUUUGUUUGGGUUUACGGCAAAUGAAGAGAACGUAGGAGGAGAGAGAUAACUCUCUUUUAAAUUUAUGUGUUUGUGUGUGUGUGUAGGAGGAGUGAUGAGAUGACUAUUGGAAACCCAUAAAACCAGUAUUUAUGAGAUUUUUGUAUUGUUUUUUACGAGACGAUAAAAAUACUCAAAUUCAUUUGAAUGAAUUUUGGCUUGACUCGUUCUUAAGUACUCGUAACUCAAUUGCAGGUUUUCGAAGAUAAGAGAGAUUAGAGUGCAAUACAUGAAAUAAGAGCAGGUGCAUUUAAUUUUCGCUGAGUUUUUUACUCAUGACUUGGAGUAAUUUAAGCAAAAUUUGAGUUUUAUUCCAACUCCAUUUUUUAUGAAAUAACAUUUUAAAAAUCAACUUUUUGCGAAAAAUUAUUGAAAAAUAAAAUUCUGCUGAAUAACGAUAAUAUUCCUAUCCGCAUUAAAAAAAGAAGAAAACAAAAAAAUACAUUUUUACUGCAUUGGACAUCAAAUUUGUUAUUUCUGGAUACCAAUUCACAUUUGGUGAGGUCGAAAGAUGCUUAAAAGUUCUUGAAAAUAUUGAUUUCAACUUAAUAUCUUUUGUGAAACAUUUAUUUAUCUUAAUGCAAUUAUCCACACAAUAUUACACACAGUCUCUGAAAGAUUCUCCUCCUUUUAUGCGAUAAUUUCAAGUGAGUUUUGAGAUUACGAUCGCAUUGUUAAGUAGUUACAUGUGAAUUUGUCAACAACCUUUACUUCUUAACACUAAUUACUAAAGCUGAACUUUCUUCUUUUUCCAAUCCGAGAAAGAAGAACUUGAGAUCAUAAGAAAAAAUUUAAUAUCUUGUAUCUUGAUUUAAGAUCUUGUGAAACUAUUUCAAAUCUUUACAACAAAAAACAAAACGUGAUUAUUAUGAUUUAAUAAAAUUCAAAUAAGUAUUAAAAAUCCUAAGAAAAAAGUAAAUUAAAUUAAAAAUGCAUGUUAUGUAAAAUAAUAAAUAGGAAUACAUUUUAUGUAUAAAUAUAUAAAAUUCUACUUUUCAUAAAUGAAUCUCAAGAAUUGUAAAUAAUUAAAAAAAAAACACAAGAGAAUAUAAAAAUAAUACUAAAGUGAAAAAUUAAAUAAGUAACAUGAUAAACUCCUAAAAGCGAAAUCAAAAAAUAAUAUUUAGACCUUAAUUAUUGCAUAAAUUAUUUAAGAUUAAAUAUAAAACAACAGGCAUCUAUUACCUAUUCCUAUACGAAAAUUAACAAACAAAUAACCUACAAAAAAUGUAUACGUAAUUUAUAAAUAAAAAAAGUAUUUAAAUAUAUAAAAAUAUUUCA